UAGUCGCUGUGCUGUUGCUCUCCCAGCCCGGCCACAGCCACCGCCUCACCCCCACUCCACCCCCUGCUACACUCAAUAGUCUCUUUCUUUCUUCAACUUUUUUGUUGUUGCAGUUACUUUAUUUCACCUCCGUUUGAAGUGCAGCGACUUGUUCAAUCUUCUGAAAUACCAUUUUUCCCUCUCACAAUAAUGGAAAUACAGCAACUUGUCGAGAAAUUUAGUGAUGCUUCGGAUGAGUUACAUUUCACUGACUCGGCGUCUACUGAUCUACCCCACAUGCCGCUGGGCAGCGGUACUCCCACGGAUGAAGAGCCAGGUCCACUCAGCGCUGGCGAUGAGCCGAGAGGAGGAAACUUACUUCACGACCAGGCCAACGCAGCCCCGUCGGCGGCUGCUGAGGAUAGUGUCUCUGAACAGCAACCGGCCUUGACUGAGACACCCGAUGUUUUGCAAAUCGAGGAUAACACUCAAGCUAUGCCUCACCUUGUCACAUUCAAAGUGACUGUAACGCUGGCUGUGCCCGCUGCAAAAGAGAGCGAAACAAAGAAAGAUAGUAAGUCUAGAGCACUGCAGAUGUUGGAUGCGUUAAAAGCUCUUGGCUAUUUCCAUAUGGAAACAGCACUCCUCCCAAAUGCUGAUCCAGCAAAAUUUGACCUAGUGACUUUUGAAAAAGCUGCUAAGCUAUAUACGGCAAAUGAUUCCCAGGUUUUAAAACCCUGGAAUGAUGGUGAACAGAGGUGGUUUGUCUUCAAUUAUAACAUGGAGCUGCCUGUCACAAAAGAGAUGCUGUUAACACUUGUCCCCCAUGUAAUGACACUUCGGAUAUGGGAGGGUAAAGAAAAAGUCAGCCCAAAGGCCAAGUUUGAUCGCCCUAAGAAUUUACAUAAUCAAUUGGAGAAAGAAGGAGCAACCCAGAGUGGUAUAAAACUGUUGGUUAAGGAGCAAUUGACCUUGUUAGGAAACAGUCCCCUCUUGAUAACCCAUAAAGAAAAAGAUGAUCACCUGUUGGAACCCACAAUCAUUUCUGUACAAGAAUCACUUUCCACAUUGGCCAUUCCAGGACUUGAAAUAAAUCUUGAAGAUGAACAGCAACGGAGGAAAAUCUGUACAGAUCUAAAGGCAAGUAAAUCAGUCAAGUUGCCACGUGGAAAAACGCUAUCAUCAAAUCGGAUGAUUUCAAAGGGAACUUCCCGCAAAACAAUCAAAGAAGCAAAAACAAAGAAUCAAAGCAAAGUCAAAAUCAUCCCUCAAAAAAUUCCACCUAAGAAAAAGAAAGUCAAAGAGAAACCAGCCCCAACUUUGAUCAACCUGGACAUUAAAUCUCUCCUUGCCGGUGAUAAAUCAGUCACAAAUACAUCGGACAAAUUAAUCCAUGGAUUAUUGGAUGCUCUUUUCACUGUAUCAGUGGAUAAAUCACUCAUGUCAGAGGAAGUGGAGAGGGAAUUGAAUCCAAUGGUCAUUCGUAUUUUUUCAGCCAGCUCAAUGCCAACAACACCCGUGCCAUUAAAUGUACUGCAGGAAAAAUGUGACCCUGUGUACUGUCAGUAUCAAUUUUAUAACCUGCCUUGUCAUCAAACUAAAGGAAGGGAACAUGGAACAGAGAUUACCUUCAAGGAUAUCAAUGUGAUUCUAACAGGGAUCAUCAAUCCAGCCAAACUCAAAGAGUAUUUCCAGGGUCCACCACUGGCGAUAGAAGUCCAUGACCGUGACAGGAAGAUAAAACCACAAUCCCAGCCACCAGCAUUGUUUGGCACUGAACCUGAAGAUACCAAACUGAGCAACGUUGGCCUUGUUAGCAAUAAACGCACUAUUCACGACCCCUUCAUGGAAACAAAUAAAUCUUGGGACCCUUAUGGCGUCGCAAAGCUGAGUUUCUCAGAACUGGUUUAUGGUGAAACGUGCUUGAAUGUUGCCGUCUCCAUUCAGAACUGUGACUUGCCAGAUCCAUUAGGUUAUCAACCCCAUGGAUUGAAUGGACAUAUUGCAGGUGUUGCAGGAGCUGUUGAUGGACCAGAGGGAAAGCCAUUACCAAAAGGUCAUUAUCUAGACUCAAACACUGUCCUCAAUGUGAGAGUUCAACUGGCAUAUCCAUUAUCAAAAAGGAAGGAAUAUCUCCCAAUUGGACUAGAGGACUGCCAAUAUGGUCGGAUUAUAUACAUUUUUGAUUAUAAAAACAGAACUUUUCUUCAUAGUCUACUAGGUCAAAUUAAUGCAAUUAAUUCUCUAACUCUUUGUGCGGAUUCACAGUCAAGCGAAAACGCAACAGUGGAGGCCGAACUGAGACCAGACUCUGAACAGAAAGGCAAUUCCCAAUGGAAUAGUAUUUCAGGUUCUUUUAUGGACAUUGACUCAACUUCUGAUCAGGAUAUUGUGACAGGUUUUCACGUAAUGGAUGGAGUAUUUCACCUCUUUGUUUUGGAGGGUCUGAAGAACAAAGGACUCAAGACAUUGUGGGAGAACCUUGGAUACAUAGCUGAAGAAGAAGAGAAGGUUAAAGUUCUGUACAAUUCUGACUUCAGUUUUGAACAGCGGUUAUAUACAAAUUUAGGAGAUAGAUUUUAUCACAUGCACCUCCAUGAGCCUUUAAGUGCAAUUAUAAAGCAACCUUUGUUAUAUGUCAGGGAUAUGGCACCUCAGGACUGUGUACAGGCAUUGUACAGACUUCAAUACCUUUGCUUGGCUAAGAAGCUGAGAGAAGUGGUACAGGGUGACCUCUUCCCAACAGCAGCAAUGAUAACAGUUCUGAGCCGGGAGUUUGGCAUCCCAGCCUCUGAAACUGAUCCACAUAUCCUCAUCGGCUUGCCAGCCAUCCCAUCAUUACUCGUUUCUGAAAUUGCACCAAAAAAGGCUUACCGUGCUCCACUGGACAUUUACAAUACAAGAUAUGUACAGACCAAACGGAAUCAAAUAAUCCUCACAAAUCACAUUCAGAAUAACAUUGAUGCAGUUUAUGAAGCCAGCAAGUCGAUGGAAAUCAAACCAAGGUCAAUAGUGUUUGUGCCACCUGAAGGGAGAAAGGUACACAACUAUUCCAUUCAGACCUUCAGCUCUACGGAGAAGGCAAAGCAAUUGUUGCGGCAGGAAAUGGCUCUGACGCCAAGGCAGAGGUUCACGUACAGUCAAACAUUCUUGUGGGGAACAGUGGCUCCCGUGGACAUUAUCAAAGAGGAAAAGAAGGCAAAGAGAAGAUCAAAGAAAGCUUGGUUAACCUUUGAUGGAUUCCGAUUUCCGGGAUACAAAAGCAGCUUGGAGGCAAAUGAGCAUCUACACAAACCUGAUGAUGCACGAAUAGAUGAACUUAAAAAGCCUUGGAAGGAAAAUAUUCUCCAUCGUAACCUAAAUAUGUCACUCAAACAGCGCGAUAGAUGGAAAUGGAGUGAAAGGCACAAGGAUUUUGAAUUGUAUAAGAAAGUGAGUUAUGAGCCGGUGCCAGCCAGUAUUCUCCGAGCAGAUGAUACUUUAAGAGCCGAAGAACUUGAAAGCAUUUACAAGAAUCCUGAAUGGCGUAAACCUUACAGAGAUAACACAGACUCUAAGUUAUCACCAACUCAGCUAGAAGCUGAGACAGAGCUAGACAGAUGUAUGACAGUCUGUUUGAAUCCAGCAAUUUUUCAAAAGAAACGGCACAGAGCAUUCUCCAGAUCUGAAAGCUUAAUCGACUAAAUGAGGAAAUGUCGAAGAGCUAUCACUUAAAAAAAAUUAUGCCAACAGAUACCCAGUUAACUGAUUCAUUGUUUGACAAAACUUGUACUUUCGUUGUUCAAACUAAUGUGGUCUAUGUUAACUUGCUAAGCACUCAGUUAUUCCUUUCAUCAAUACAAUGCUAAUCUGUCAUUGAACAAAACUACUGAAUUAUACUGCGUUAUCAAUUCAACUGCAUGAACAAAUACAAAGUUAUUAAUUAUUUAGUAAAUCAUCUUUUUAUUAGGAAUAGAGCAGUUUGGUUUUAUUGCCAAGUGGUAAUGCCCAGAUUAAGUUAAGUGGAUGUGAGCAAGUAUAUUCUCCCUUAUCCAACACUUGUUGUGCAAGUUUCUUAAUGUUGUCAUCUAGGUUUCCAGGAAUCUAAUAAAGACAAAGAAAAAGCAAUGCAUUAGGAAAAAAAUAAAUAGUUGAUCAUUAGUUUUAGAAUACAUUAUUAAAGAGUUGAGUGUGAUAAUUUAAGAUGUAGUACAGUAUAAUCUAGUGCACAGCAAAAUAGUUUUUGGAUAAUCUUUUUACAUAUACUCUUCCUCGUCUGUUAUACCUUACAAGUCAAAGGAUGAAUAAGAAAAAGUGUUUCACUGUCUUUAAUGAAUAGCAAUUUUUCCAAUCCCAACUAUCCACAUUACAUUCAAAUGUACAACUUCAAAUUGAAAUUAAGAUUAAUUAAAAUAUCAUAUUGUCACUCUAUGCUUAAAAUGUUGAUGAAUCAUGUACACUAAUCUGUCAAUUUGAUAAAGAUCAUGAUUGCAAAAUAAAUAAUGACAGA